AUGUUCAAGACUGUGCGAGACAUGCUGCCACGUCCACCCAAGGUCGAGCACUUUGAGAUGGACUUUGAGGACGACAUGUGGGGAGCAGUCCGGUCCGUGUUUCCAGCCUGCACACGGAAUGGCUGUGGGUUCCACCUGACACAGGCCGUCUACAAGAAUAUUCAAAGGCUGCCAGUCUAUUAUGAGAAAGGUGGAGCCAAUGAGUUUAUGAGGAAGCUCAUGGUGCUCCACUUCCUCCCUGCACAGCGCAUCAGGGGCGCCUUUGAGGAGAUGAGGAACGAGGUGAACCACCCGACCCUACUCGAGCUCAUGGAGUACAUGGAACGGGGGUGGCUGGGGAACAGCGUCUGGUCCAUAGAGGAGUGGUCGGUAAGAACCAACAACGAUCUGGAGGGUUAUCAUACGAGGCUAAACAAGAAGGCGCAGCUCUCCCUGGCCUUAUACCUGUUGGUCGACCUUCUUCACAAGGAGGCGCAGUACGUGCGCCUCCACGUGCACGUAAAGAUGGUCAGUACCAACAGGCUGACGCGCUACCAGUGA